CUAAAAAAAUGUUUCUCUUUUUUUGUUUACAAACAUUAAAGAGCUUUGAAUAUCGUCAACGACGCUUUCCAAAACAGUACUUGAGAAGUUGAAUAACUGUGCGGAAUAUUAGAUCUAGAUUUCGUACAGAAUAAUUACGAAAAAAAAAAAGACAAGAUAUGAACACAUUAUGGCUGCAUCUAAAGGAAAGGUGUCAACUAUGACAUAUGGAAGGCAAAGGGCUGCUAAAGGCAUCAUCAGUGACAGAGAAAUUAGAUUCAAAUGUUUUUUCCAAAAUACCAUCCUAGAUGUUUUACGAUCUCGAGUUGGCUGGCAAGAAGUACAAGGAGAUGGUGAUUGGGAUUUCUAUUGGUGUGAUAGAGAGUGGCUUCAUGCAAACUAUGAUACUAUGUUUCUUCAAGAACAUCAAAAAAUUCUUCAUUUUAGAAAUCACUAUGAGCUAACUCGCAAAAAUUUGAUGGUUAAGAACCUAAAGAGAUUUCGUAAACAAACAGAUAAAGAAUUUGGGAAAUUAGAAGCACAGUCUUGGGAUUUUUUUCCUUCAACAUUUGAACUUCCAUCAGAAUAUCACAUUUUUGUGGAGGAAUUCAAAAGAAACCCUGGCAUGAUUUGGAUUAUGAAGCCUGCUGCUAAGUCUCAAGGGAAAGGAAUAUUUCUGUUCCGAAAGCUCAAAGAUAUUACUGACUGGAAAAAGGGAGAAUACCAACCAUUGCCAGAUCCCAACAUACCAAAAGAUAUUCCUGAAACCUAUGUUGUCCAAAGAUACAUUGAUGAUCCUUACCUUAUUGGUGGUCGCAAAUUUGAUAUGCGUAUUUAUGUUUUAGUAAUAUCAUUUAACCCCUUAAAAGUAUGGCUCUACAGAGGAGGCUUUGCAAGAUUUUCAAACACUCGAUUUUCUUUGGAUUCUCUGGAAGACACUUAUAUCCACUUAACCAAUGUUGCUGUGCAGAAGACAUCACCUGAUUAUGAUCCAGAGAAAGGUUGCAAGUGGUCUGCUCAACAACUUAGGAAAUAUUUGGUUGCAAGACAUGGUAUUGAUACAGUGAGACAAAUGUUCACUGCCAUAGACAAUAUUAUAAUCAAGAGCUUACAGAGUGUUCAGAAAAUUAUUAUUAACGAUAAGCAUUGCUUUGAAAUGUAUGGAUACGACAUACUACUAGACAGCUCUCUUAAGCCUUGGCUUAUAGAAAUCAAUGCAUCACCAUCACUCACAGCUAGUGGUCAGGAAGAUUAUGAGCUCAAAUUUGGUUUACUCCACGAUGUCUUGAAUGUUCUUGACCUUGAAAAUAGGUUGACAGGAAAAGAAAAAAGAAUAGGAGGCUGGGAUCUGCUAUGGGACGACGGUCCAGUUUUUAUUGAUGCCAUGGAACAAGACGCUGGACUGCCUUCAAUAUUAACACCAAAUUCUUUCUUAGGUUGCGACAAUCAAAGGAAAUCUCAACUGAGAGAAACAUAUGCAUUAGCUGAAGCCUUUAAAAAUAGUUCAUAAGGAUGGGAAACUAAAUAAAAUUGAUGUCAUUUCAAGUUGUUGUUUUUAUGUCGUUGAAGUCUCUCAGGGUAAAUCUUUUAACUACAUUCCACUUUUGGAAUACAAAUUAUUGUCAUCUGGUAGUAUUAUAGAAACAAAUUAAGUCCUGUAUGUAUUUUCUAAAACAUUGUAUUAAGUUGUUUGUGAUUAGUUAUAUAUAUAUAAAGCUCAUAUCAUAAUUUGAUGCUGGGAAUGUGUACAUGAAAUGUUUUAUGAAAGAAUUAGCAACUACCUUGGAAAGAACCAUUUCUCUUGUGAGACAUCAUAAACCCACAAGAUUAUAGUGUCAUAACAAUGUUUGUUAUUUCAUAUUGUAACUAAUUUAAUGUCAUAACAAUGUUUGUUAUAUGGUAUUGCAACUAAUACAGUGGAGAAACAUC